AUGACAGAAAUCGGCUUCAGUGUUUGCGGCGGUAGUGGCGGUGGCUUUAGUCCCACAGGUAUGGAAAGUCUUCUAGAUUCCUUCUGGCUGGAUGCGCCCAAUUUUCUUGAACCUCCUCAGCUUAACUUCUCCGAUCUUAAACCCAUCUCGCCUGGUUCCACAAAGUCGACAAGUAGCUUAGACUCUAUUUUUAAUGGUGUUAAUAAUACCCCUCCCAGUUCUCCGUGGACAAACGAAAUGGUUAAAGAUGAUCUCCUUCAGAAUACUACUUCUCCUCUCGAAAAGGACAUUGACUUAGGUAACUCCAUAAAUGAAUUCUGGGAAGAGAACAUUGGUUCCGGGUGUCCAUCUCCAGCAACCCAAUCCCAGAUCAAGAAAUCCGCAAUUAUUGAAACUGACCUUCUUCAGGAAUUCGGCGAUUCAGGAGACAAUUCAACCGUUAAUAUGCUUGAAGAACAGUUGGCAAGUGCAGAUAACGCAUGGACUGUAGCACUAGAAUUACCGAAUCUUGCAGUUGAAGAGGUUAGUGACCUAUUGACUGAGACGCAGAAAUCGACGAUUUCACCUCUUCCAAGGCAAAGAAGGAAGAAAUCGAAAAGACGAGUAUGGAAGAAGACGAUAAAUUACAUAUCCUCGGAUUCAGAGGCUACUGAAACUGGUUCAGAAUGGGAAGAAAUAGAAUGUGAACAUUCUCCAAAUCGAACGCGGAUGUUCAUUGCGGGGCAUAUGGAGAUAGUUGAAGAUUUGGCCACUUCUUACGAUGUUGAUGAGCCGAGAAGCUCCCCUGCUAAAAGGAGAAAGAAUUUAACUUCCCCAUCUAGUUUCCAGACGUCAACCAGACAUUACUCCUCCUCAAUAAAUUAUAAUGAGCCAUGGUGGCCACAACGUUCCGGAUCCAUUCAACAACGACUCAAUUCACGGGAUUUGGACGGUUGUGGUAGUGUUGGACGUAGUAGAAGACAAAUGGAACUUUGGGAGUUCAUAUUGAGGUCGCUGGAUGCGCAACAAGUGAAUGGCAGUACAAAAUCAGCUUUCAAGUGGGUGGAUAGGUCGUUGGGUAUCUUCCGGGUCACUGACACACAGAAAGCUGCCAAGGAAUGGGGCUCCUAUCGGGGAAAUGUCAGAAUGGACUACGAGAAGAUGGCUCGUGCUAUGCGGUUCUACUACAAGGAGAGUGUGCUUCGGAAAGCACACAAACAAUUGCAUUUCCAGUUUUCGAUGCCAUUUGUUGUUUGGUCGAAGCGACAUCACUCUCUUGAAAAUACCCCCAAAACUUCCACCAAUUCGACUUCAUAG